AUGGCCACACCAACCCCCAACCAAAACGAACAAUCUCUCGAAAAGGGAUGUGAUUGCAACGCCGAGUCUAUCUGCAGGAGCGGAUGUAUGGUUAUCGGGACUACCACGGGAAAUGUUGGCGCAGGAGUAUCGAAGAGUGCUUGUAAACUAGGCUGUGCGCCGGUUUCGGGGUGUGAGGUUGAUGAGUGUUAG